AGAAGCCGAUUUAUAACCGGCCCUGCGUGCACCUGGGCCAGAUCAAGGAGAUUGAGCUCGGUCACCGGGGGCCUUCCCACAAGGGCACAGUAAUGACUUGUAGCAGAUGUGAACUGCUCGCUCUCUCUGGCGAGAACGAGGCGUUGUGGAGGGAAGUAGCCAGCUUGAGGCAGAAGCACGCUCAGCAGCAGAAAGUUGUCAAUAAGCUUAUCCAGUUUUUGAUUUCAUUGGUGCAAUCCAACCGUAUUCUCGGGGUGAAGAGGAAGAUCCCCCUGAUGUUGAACGACAGCAGUUCAGCACAUUCCAUGCCGAAAUACAGUCGCCAGUACUCCUUGGAGCACGUCCACGGCUCAUCCCCGUACGCAGCUUCUUCCCCAGCAUAUAGUGGCUCCAACCUGUAUUCCCCGGAUUCUUCAGCCAACUCUGGUCCCAUUAUCUCCGACGUGACCGAGCUAGCCCAGUCCAGCCCUUCAGCAUCUCCCAGCGGCAGUCUCGAUGAAAGGAGUAGCCCCGUGGUCCGUAUCAAAGAAGACCCCCCCAGUCCCGCCCGCAGCCCCCAGAUAGAGGAGGCCAGCCCAGGGAACCCUCCCGCUGUUGAAACUCCUCUGUCCCCCUCCACGUUCAUCGACUCCAUCCUGCAGGAGAACGAACCCAGCACUACGACCGCUGCAGCCGGCGACAGCACCACGCAGCCUCAGCCCGAGGAAAAGUGCCUCAGCGUUGCCUGCCUCGACAAGUAA